AUGGCUCGAACAAAAAAUGUGCAGCGCUCGAUCUCCGUUACAAGAGCAUUGGCUGAGCAGCCCGAGGCGAAAGAGCCCGCGGAGACAGCAAGGACGAAAAAAACGACAAAAACGCCCGUGACGAAUUUGCCCGCGACAGAGAAUGUAUCCCUGGUGGAGAAGAUGAUGGCACCGGCAUCGGAGAGUCCGGUAAAACAAGAAAUGAACGACGACGAACUGUCAGCGACGCGUGUGGAAACUACCGCGGGAACGCAGACAACGUCGGCAGCAACGACGAUAACGACUUCGGUGAUGACCCCGACAAUUACCCAACCCACGCUUCUCAUAGCAGCAGGAUCGAUGGCGUCAAGGGCUCGCAGCCAAGCCUCAGCUGGAACGUCGGACCAGCCGGCGGCACAUGCAUCAACGCAGCAAGCGACCGUGACGACGGGCACGACGGCAACGUUACUCAGCGCGCUACAGCGCAUUAUGACGACAGUGAAUCGUCUGGAGACGAGAAUGAACGACGUUGAACCGGCUCAGGCUCCAACGCAAGAACGGCAACCAAUGGCGCCGGUGGCACCCCAGUCAACGCUACCCAUGUCGACUACGACGAGGAGCCCGGAGACGGCUGAAGCUGGAGCAACUGAGGCAGUGACGCCGACGUUAACCAAUUUGGCAGUGGACGUACCAACGCAGAACGUAGUUACGGACUUGGAACUACAGUUGGUUGCAUUGCUGACAACCAUCAACACGGCGAAUCUGACCGCGGCAACAGUGGCCAAACCGCGAACAGCAGCACGUGCCAGACGCACAGUACCUCCGGGACCUGGUGAUGGCGAUGAUGGUGGUGGAGUUAGUAGUGACGAUAGUGACUACAGUAGACGCAGCGACGACAGUGACAGCUCCAGUGACGAUGACCACCGAAGACGACGACGCCAACAACGAAAACGUGGACGACGAGACUUGUGUGACCGGCGACGACACCGCCACCGGAUGAAGAAGAACGUUAAAGAGCUUGAUUUGCAGCCUUUCAAGCCGCAGGUGGGUGGAAUACGGAUUGAAACGUGGAUAGCGAAGAUGGAUUUAGCUGUCCAAGGUGCACGGAUAUCUGGCCGAGGUGGUUGGAGCGAAAAGGAGCUUUAUUACGUGCGAAGACGACAAACGGGGGCGAAGUUGAAGGACGCUCUUCUCCGGCGGUAUGGAGAACGACUAGAUCUCGCUCAGGCGGAAUGCAGAGUGAUGCAGCGGACCAUGAUGCCUGGAGAAACGUUCGCUGACUUAGCAGCAGGACUCCACAAAACUACCCGGCAGCUGGUCAAGUUGGAACCGGCGCCAACCACACUGGUUGAAGCUGUCGACAAGGCGAUGAAGAUAGAUGACUCGAGCUACAACGUAGCCCUCGGCAUGAUCAACAACAACCAAGCGUGGGUCAUGAAUGCAGCACAGACGGCGGACGAUGAGGACAUGGAAGGAGAGAGCCGUGUGUACUUCACGAACCCACAAGGCAUCUUUGAUAAGAACACCAACGUAUGGGUGGCGCCAGGGGGGAGAACAUGGAACCGAAUGUACUGGCGAUUGAAUAAGAAGAGUCGUGGUCGACAGCGAAGGACGGCAGCUCAAGACCAGCGGGCAAUGAAUACGCGGUACUCCGCCAGACCGGACAAGAAGGUAAAAGCUCUGAUGGUAAAGGCAGAUGAAGACGCGAGCAGCAACGAGGAAUCAAAAGUUCCAUCGUCGCCACCACAGAAGAAGAAUCGAAACGCACGUGUACGACAGACGAAGGCACCCGACAAGCCACUAGGGUCCAAGCCGCCUAACUCGGAACGGCCCGGCGGCAGGCGGCAAUGUGAGGAAAAGUGUUUUGCGUGUGGGAAUCUGGUCACUUCGCUAGGGACUGCACUGACCCCGCAGCGAAGUCCCGGAACGAGGCUUAUCUCGCAGAACGCAAGGCUCGGUAAACGACAGUCGGGCGAAGUCGGGGGAAGACUGCAUCCGGCGCCGCCGCAAGAUCCCCGAGAGACGGCGACGAAUACCACCGACGCGAUGGUGACAAGUGACGGUGACGACAGGUACCGUGCAACGCCGGCAGAGACGCUCCAAGAGCUGUUGGUGGUGGGCGGCACGCGUGUGAAGACAACGGCGGGGAGUCCGAUGGACGCCGCUGUCGCGAGAGAGUUGGCAGAGACAUGCACGGAUCCGCACAGCGACGUGAACGGCGAGGCGAAGAGGUACGUGGAGACCGUGAGACCGGCGAUGAAAGCUCUGCGUUAUCCAGGUGCCGACGGCCGAGAUGGAGAACGACGAGAACGACUACAUGCAGCUGAGGAAGGCGGCGUGCUAACGUUUGAGGAAGAUGAUGUGUUGAUGUCUGAGGAAGGCGGCGCACGGACGUCUGAAUAUGGAGGCGUGCCAGUGACUGAGGAAGGGGGCAUGAAGAAGAUGGAGAAGAAUAACAAGGCACUAGAAACAGUAGCCAACACGUUGCUGACAAUAGCGCCGGUUGUGAAAACGGCAACGGAAUUCAUGCCACUGACCACGACGGUCCCAGUGAUGACCACGCCUUCAUGA